CACGCCGCGCAAACAAAUCGUAACGCCACGCUCGGCAGCCGCGACACGCGUUCGACCGACCGACGAACACGAGUGGUUUAACGACGCGCGUGUCGAUUCUACGCGCGUAAAUCGAGUUUUUUGGAAUAGAAAAAAAAAACAAAUAAAUAAUAAUAAUAAAGAAGAACAAAACCGUCGGACCCGCUCGCUCGCGCCGAUAUCAAUCGUUAUUGUUUGCGUCGUCGUUACCGUUGUGGUGCGCAGUUGUUACACGUCCAGUAUACGACACGGUCGCAAGUUCGAUUUCGAUAUUCGAUCGAGUUUUGCGUAUAAUACACGUUUGCAGCGGAGCCCAAGCCGUCGUCUCCCGAACGCCUGUGCAGCCGUCGAGUGUUACCGAAAUGGACGGUUCUUGGUGGAGUUCGAGGGAAAAGCUGAUGCAGGUAAUGUCCAGACGGAAGAGCGACGAGGACGUGAUCGUGGAACCGGGCAAGGAGAAGUUGGCCCGCGUCCUGAACCUGGUCGACCUGACGGCCCUAGGAGUUGGGUCCACGCUGGGGGUGGGCGUCUACGUGCUGGCCGGUGCCGUUGCCAAAACGGACGCCGGACCCGCCGUCGUGCUGUCGUUCAUACUGGCAGCGUUCGCGUCCGCAUUCGCAGGCCUGUGUUACGCCGAGUUCGCGGCGCGGGUGCCAAAAGCCGGGUCGGCCUACGUUUACAGCUACGUGGGCGUGGGCGAGUUCGUCGCUUUCGUCAUCGGAUGGAACCUGAUACUCGAAUACAUCAUAGGUACCGCUAGUGUCGCCAAAGGUCUCAGUAACUACAUCGACGCGUUGUUUGACUACCCGAUGAAAAGAACGAUGCUGGAGCUUUUCCCGAUGAACGUCAGCUUCUUAUCCGCGUACCCUGACUUCUUGUCGUUCAGCGUUGUGUUAUUACUAUCAAUAUUACUGUCUUGGGGUGUGCGUGAGUCUACAAUGAUCAACAACGUGUUUACAGUGGUAAAUUUAGCGACCGUCGCCACAGUUGUUAUAACCGGACUAUUUAAAGUUGAUCUGUACAAUUGGAAUAUACCGAAGCAAGACCUACCGAAGAAUGCGAAAGCCGGCGAAGGUGGUUUCUUACCUUAUGGCUGGGCUGGAGUAACCGCGGGAGCUGCCAAAUGUUUUUACGGAUUUAUCGGUUUCGACACAGUAGCCACAACGGGAGAAGAAGCUAAACGACCAAAACGAGACAUUCCGCUGGCCAUCAUACUCUCGCUGACCAUAAUCACGAUUGCGUACUGCUGUAUCAGUUCAGUUCUGACUCUCAUGUGGCCGUACUACAGACAGGACGCCGACGCACCGUUCCCGUACGUCUAUGACCAUCUGGGUUGGAUAACCAUAAAAUGGAUCGUUUCCUCCGGAGCCAUUUUCGCUCUGUUCACCAGUCUCAUCGGCACGAUGUUCCCGUUGCCGAGAAUCCUGUACGCCAUGGCCUGCGACGGACUCUUGUUCAGCGUGUUCUCGGACAUCCAUCCAAAAUUCCAGACGCCUCUUUUGGCCACGUUGCUUUCCGGUCUGCUGGCAGGCGUGAUGGCGGCGGUCUUCAACUUGGAACAGCUGAUCGACAUGAUGUCCAUCGGCACGCUGUUGGCCUAUUCGAUCGUGUGCAUCUGCGUGCUGGUGUUGCGCUACAAGAACGACUCGGGUGUGGAGUUCAUCAUCAAGGGCACCGACGAGUCCGAGACCAGCGGCGUUUUCGAGACGGUCGUCAAGACGGUCGUCAAGUACUUCAACAUAUCCAACAUCAAGUACGCAAACGAAGAGACCGAGAGCGCGUCCAAGAUCAUCACGCUGCUGUUUAUCGUCACUUCUGUGGGCUUCUGCUUCAACGCUUCCCAGCAGGAGUACGUCGAGGUCAGCAGCGACAUGUCGGUGUACGCGAACGCCGUGCUGACGGCCAUUCUUCUUUUGCUGCUGCUGUUGCUCGCCAGGCAACCUCAGUCCAACAAAGAGUUGUCAUUCAAGGUCCCGCUCGUGCCGCUCAUCCCUUGCAUGAGCAUCACGUUGAACAUUUACCUGAUGAUGAAGCUGGACAUACACACGUGGAUCCGUUUCGGCAUUUGGCUGUUCCUCGGGUUGUGCAUAUACGUUACGUACAGUAUGUCGCACAGUGUCGAGGGACGCAAGCAGACCACAGAGUCCAAGAAGAGGCCGUCCGCCAUCGUUAAUCCCAUUUCCACCAUAAAACUGUAAUGGCACGUGGGCUACGGUGCGCGGCGCCGGCACGGAGGGACCGGGACAUUCCGUUUCAGAUGAAAAAAAACCGACUGCAUAUCGCGACGCGAACGACAAUCGUCUGUCACGUUGUUAACAAACAGAUCAAUUGUUGUCCUCGAAAUAUGCGCACUUACCAGUAUUACGUAUUAUAUUAACAAAUGUAGGAUGGCUCGAUAUAACGAGAGAGGAAUACGCUAACUCGUGUAUUGGUCGUUCUAAAACUAUUGUUGACAAUAUUUUUAUGUUUAUAUAAUAUCCUCAAUAUUUUUACCAAUGUGAUAUUUGUUUUUAUUUUAUAAAAAAAAAAAAUGUACGCCUUCUUAUAUAAAUUUGUAUGUUAUUAAGAACCUAUGUAUAAUUUAUAGCGGAAAAGUUUUACGGGCACGAAACGAUUUUGUCGCUAGAAAUUAUUCUCGCUUAAAAUUCUACAUUUUUAUAUAUAUAUAUAUAUAGAUAUAUAUAUAUAGAGAGAGAGAGAUAAAUUAAUUAUGUUUUGUAUUCAUAUGAGGAUUGAAAAACAGUACCGAAUGAGGAUAUAAUAUAUUUUAUUAAUUUUAAGUUAUUUCGGCAAGAUAGUUUAUUGCUAACCAACAAAUGCGUAUUAUGUUUAUAGUCUAUUUUUAAUAAUCAUAGUUUUGUUAUGAAUACAAUAAUACACACCUAAUAUUUUUUA